CCGGCUUCUCCCCUCUCACACUCUGACCCACUCACCAUGCCAAACUCACCCAAGUCACUCCGUCUCAAACUUGAUGGCUUCGUGACGAUCCAGUCCGCCCUCACCGCCGCAUCCAAGGCGCUGGGCACGCCUACCACCCUGGCCCUCGCCGACGCCAACGGUGUCUUGCUCGAGUGCGAGGCGGGCCCGUUUGACCCGCUUCACCCAGAACGUGGCGUACGGGGAGACGACAUAAUGUGGUUCGCGAGUACCACCAAGCUGCUCACUUCCAUCUGCUACCUGCAACUCGUGGACGCGGGGAAGCUGACCCUCGACACCAACAUGCGGGUCAAGUUCCCAGCACUAGACGCUGCAGCAUCCCAUAUUAUCAAGGGCUUUGAUGACGAUUGCAAACCGAUAUUGGAGAAGAACGAGGCGCCCGUCACGCUCCUCCAGCUGCUCAACCAGACGAGCGGGUUCGGGAUGGAGUUCGGCGACAAGAUCCCUCGCUGGAAGAAGGUCGCAGAGAAGGGGACGGGAUUCGUCAACUCAUGCAAGAUUGAAAACCUCGUUAACACUCCCCUAUGCUUCGCCCCAGGUACCGACUGGAGCUAUGGCAACAGCGCCGAGUGGCUCGGCCUCAUUCUUCCGACCCUCGUUGGGACCAGCACAGAGGAAUACUUCCAAACCCAUCUCCUACGCCCCCUUGGCAUGGCAGACUCGUCGUUUUACCCCGACAACCCGGAGUGGGCCGAUCGUCUUGUGCCCCUCCGUUUCCGCUCAGAGAGCGGGUUUGAAAGACUGAAAGACCAGAUGCCGCUUCUGACGCUACCCCGCAAGCGCGAGGACAUCGAGUACCCCGUUGCUGGGGGCGGGAUCUACUCCACCUCCGCCGACUACAUCAGGGUGUUGCAGCACCUGCUGCAGCAUCGUCUCUCUCUGGCUGGACGGGCACCACGCCCCAAGACGACGUUGCUGUCCGACACAUCGCUCAGCUCUCUCUUCACUGGUACGCUUCCAGACGCCGCCCUUUCGGGUAUUGCCAAAAUGUUCGACUUCCAGCUCGGCGGGGAGGAGUUCGUGCCAGGCGAAGCCAGCUGGUCAACCGGCAUGGGUGUAUACGCACCAAAGGACGGGAGACGGCGUGGGGGCUAUGGCCGCCUAUCCGGAAGUGUGGGAUGGGGCGGAGCAGCCGGGACGCAGUACUGGAUUGACGAGACGUCUGGGAUUGCGGCUGUCUUUACGACGCAGAUUCUUCCUGGGUCCACGCCGGCCACGAAGGCAUUCAAGGAUGAGAUGGAGCGUGCCAUUUACGAGGCGCUUGAGUGAAUGGCCCCUACUAUUGUGCCUCGCGUCGUUGUAUCUCUAUAUCGCAGAAAGUCGGACGAGGGCAAAGAUGCGAUAACGCUGAUAGCGGCG